AGACCCAGGUAGGUACGUACCCACGGACAAACUGCCACACAUGACCGGAAUAUGGGGUACGCUGCAUAUGCCGCCGUCGGGAAUGACGUGGAGACCUGCCGCAUGGGAAUAUGCCGCCCCUGAUGCAGCGGCGGCCGGCGGGACUGCGUAAGCGGGUCAACCGCUGGGCAGUUGAAGUAUGUUCCAGCUGCUCGGCGCACCCCGGAUGCCGCCGCCGGCUCGUGCAUUCCAGCAUCAGCAUCCAGUAUUUAGAGGCCUUCGCGCCGCUCCCUGCUUUUCUUCUUCCCCAACUUCCUUCGCAGCCUGGAUCCAACAUGGAAAAGACGAACCACGAAUCCCACGCUCGUCUCACCACCAUGACUUCAGAAAAGAAGGAAGACCGCUCGAGCUCGUCGGGCUCCCCGCCCGCCGAGAUCGAGCACCUCAACAUCAAGGCCAGCGGCCACCCCGGCCAGCACUCCGCCGCGUCGGACGAGGCCCUGCGAGAGCGCCGCGAGGCCUCGCAGAAGCUCGCCAACCCCCUCGCCGGCCUGGGCCCCGACCAGCUCGCCGCCAUGGGGGAGGCUUACGCCAGGCAGGCCGGCCUGACGAGCGAUGAGGACAUGCGCGCCUUCCGGCUCGGCGCCAUGAUCGCCGGCGACGCCACCGAGUACGACGGCAUCGCCGAGCUGACCGACCGGGAGCGCAAAGUCCUGGAGCGUGAGAUGACCCACAAGUGGUCCAACCCCAGCAUGCUCUACUGGGUCAUCAUCAUCUGCUCCCUCUGCGCGGCGGUCCAAGGCAUGGACGAGACGGUCGUCAAUGGCGCCCAGAUCUUCUACAAGGUGGCCUUCGGCAUCGACACCGACAGCCAGCGCGACACCUGGCUGGUCGGCCUCUGCAACGGCGCCCCGUACCUCUGCUGCGCCUUCAUCGGCUGCUGGCUCACCGACCCCAUGAACAAGAUCUUCGGGCGCCGCGGCACCAUCUUCGUCUCCUGUCUGAUCUCGGCCCUGGCCUGUUUCUGGCAGGCCUUCACCAACACCUGGUACCACAUGUUCAUCGCCCGCUUCUUCCUCGGCCUCGGCAUCGGGCCCAAGUCCGCCACCACGCCCAUGUUCGCCGCCGAAUGCUCGCCUCCGAGACUCCGUGGUGCCCUCGUCAUGCAAUGGCAAAUGUGGACAGCGUUCGGCAUCAUGGUCGGGUACAUAGCCGACCUGGCCUUCUACUUCGUGCCCGCCCGCGGCAUCCCGCUGGGCCUGAACUGGCGCCUGAUGAUGGGCUCGGCCAUGAUCCCCGCCGUGCUGGUCUGCCUCCUGGCUUUCAUCUGCCCCGAGUCGCCCCGCUGGUACCUGACCAAGAGCCGGCACAAGGACGCCUUCGCCUCGGUCUGCCGCCUGCGCUUCGAGAAGAUCCAGGCCGCGCGCGACCUCUUCUACACGCACACGCUCCUCGAGGCCGAGCGCGAGGCCAUGUCUAUCGGCGCCGGCAACCGGCUCAAGGAGCUCUUCACGAUCCGUCGCAAUCGCAAUGCGAUGUGCGCAUCGGAGAUUGUCAUGUUUAUGCAGCAGUUCUGUGGUGUUAAUAUUAUUGCUUAUUUUUCGAGUCAAAUCUUCAUCGAUGCCGGCUACUCGGAGGUCUCGGCCCUGGCCGCCUCGCUCGGCUUCGGCGUCAUCAACUGGCUGUUCGCCAUUCCGGCCGUCUACACCAUCGACACCUUCGGCCGCCGCAACCUGCUGCUGACCACCUUCCCGCUGAUGGCCCUCUUCAUGUUCUUCACCGGCUUCUCCUUCUGGAUCCCCCAGUCGUCCCCCGCGCACAUCGCCUGCGUCGCCCUCGGCACCUACCUCUUCGGCAUGGUCUACUCGCCCGGCGAGGGCCCCGUGCCCUUCACCUACUCGGCCGAGGCCUACCCGCUGUACAUCCGCCCCAUCGGCAUGUCGCUCGCCACCGCCACCACCUGGUUCUUCAACUUCGUCCUCGCCGUCACCUGGCCGAGCAUGCUCGCCGCCUUCGGGCCCCAGGGCGCCUUCGGCUGGUACGCCGGCUGGAACAUCGUCGGCUUCGUCCUCGUGCUGCUGUUCGUGCCCGAGACCAAGGAGCGCACGCUCGAGGAGCUCGACUGCGUCUUCGACGUGCCCCUGCGCAGCCACGCCGCCUACGGCCUCGCCCAGGCCGCGUACUUCUGGCGCCGGUACGUGUUCCGGUGGCGCGUGCCGAAGCCCGCGCUCCCGCACGAGGAGGGCUUCGAAUUCAGGGAGAAGGAGAUCGUGCGGCAGAGGGCCGGGCAGCGGUAUGCGAGCGGGAUGGUAUAGAGUUUGAGCUGGGAGGGGACCUU